UGAUGAGGUUCAAUAUGUGGUUCAAAAACUUGUUAAGUUGAUAAGAAUGUUUUAGUGAGAUGAAUUUAUGUUCUAUCGUAUAUAGUCGGCCUUAUUGUUUACGCCAAAACGCACGCUUGUCGUAUUGGCCUAUACUUCACAUAAAAAUUGCGUGCCUAGUGGCCAUUUAGCGACUGGCAUAUGCGAUUAUUUAUUAACGGUACAAACAGGGUUACACACAUCUGGAAGACAGAUACAAUUAUGAUGUUCAGCACUGGGACAAUAUUUUUGGCAGCGUCUACAAUCGCGCUGUUGCUCUGUGUGGUCGACAAUGCUGUUUCUGGCAAGAAAGGUGUUUGCGCCUAUGCACCAUAUAUCCUGUGCGAUGACUUUCGGGUACUGAAUAACAUAUCGUGGUGGUACGGAUGGCGUGACGCCUACCGACUUUAUGAUCAGCACGUGACUCAAAAAUGUCCAUCCCCUCACGCGCAGAUGCCAGAAUUCGUACCUAUGGUUUGGUCGAUCCACAGCAAUGAAAGUUCCCGCUGGAUCCAUAUUCCGCGAGGCUCGCAGUUCGUGCUCGGAUACAACGCCCGACCAUGUCCCCCAAGCUCACAUGACGCCCCAGGAAGCCGCCAUGUACUGGCCUAUGAUCGAGAAGGCGGCCGUUGGCAUUCCGCUUGUUGCUCCUGCGCCGGCGAGUCACGGCUUUCACUGGCUUGAUCAGUUUUUCCACCUGUGUAAUUCAUGUCGGAUCGACUACGUCGCUGCACAUUCGUACUUGUGCAAUGCUGAUCAAACCAUGGCUUAUCUAAAGGCGAUGUACAACCGCUACCACAAGAAGGUAUGGCUGACCGAGUUCGCCUGCGCUCAUACUCCCGACGACCACGUGCAGUUGGGUCUCAUGAGAACACUGUUGCCAAAACUGGAAGCGGCUGAAUUCGUUUAUCGCUACUCCUGGUUCAACGGUAGAAUAAAGAGCGAUGACCCGACCAAGUUUGUUCGCCAAUCUGCCAGUCUAUUCCAUAGCAAUGCCUCCACUUUGACGAUGAUUGGUCAAUUCUAUAACGCCUUCCAGCCGGAUAGUCACGGAUCUUCCCUCGUUGGAUAAAGCAAUCGAUGAUACGCACUUAACUUAAAUGUUCAAUUUCACAUGUCAAGGCAGAUUGAUGAUUAAACGCCCUUUGAUAAGAAGGGAUAUCUUCUUA